CAUCCUUUUAUUCAUUUCAGCACUGGAGUGGCCGCGGUGUGUCCACUUCAUGGGAUAACAAUGUGCUGCUUUCUGGCAGUAAGAUUUUCAGCAGCUUUUCGGUUGAGUGAUUGGAAAAUGUGGUUUAUGUGACAUUACACGCUGUGUUCAGUGUAUUGUUCUGGUCCUAAACACAUACCAGCAAUUCUGUGAGAAGAUGUUGAGCCGAUUUAUGAGUGGCAGCAUCAGGAAUCUUGAGAGAGAAUACAACUGCACCGUCAGACUACUGGAUGAUACGGAAUAUACAUGCACAAUUCAGCGGGACGCAAAGGGACAGUAUCUGUUCGACCUCAUCUGCCACCACCUAAAUCUGCUGGAGAAAGACUACUUUGGCAUCAGAUAUGUUGACCCGGACAAGCAGAGGCAUUGGUUGGAGUUUACAAAGUGUAUUGCCAAACAAAUGAAAUCCCAACCUCCCUUCACCAUGUGUCUGAGAGUCAAGUUCUACCCCCCUGACCCCGCGGCUCUGAAGGAGGAAAUCACCAGAUAUCUAGUGUUCCUGCAGAUCAAAAGAGAUCUCUACCAUGGCCGCCUCCUGUGCAAGACAUCGGACGCUGCCUUGCUGGCUGCUUACAUCCUUCAGGCUGAGAUCGGGGACUAUGACCCAGGGAAACACCCGGAAGGAUACAGCUCCAAGUUCCAGUUCUUUCCCAAACACUCGGAGAAGCUGGAGCGAAGGAUUGCAGAGAUACACAAGACGGAGCUGAUCGGACAGACCCCUGAAACAUCAGAGCUGAAUUUCCUGCAGAAAGCCCAGAUGCUGGAGACAUACGGUGUGGACCCGCAUCCAUGCAAGGAUGUUUCUGGAAACCCAGCCUUCCUUGCCUUCACACCGUUUGGAUUUGUCGUGCUACAGGGUAACAAGCGUGUUCACUUUCUCGAAUGGAACGAGGUGACCAAACUAAAGUUUGAAGGGAAGACGUUCCAUACAUAUGCAUCACAGAGAGAGGAUCAAAAGUUCAUCUUGACCUACUUUGCACCAUCACCUGAGGCCUGCAAGCACCUGUGGAAGUGUGGAGUAGAGAACCAAGCCUUUUACAAACUGGACAAGUCGAGUCAGGUGCGGACGGUGUCCAGCAGCAACCUGUUCUUCAAGGGCAGUCGCUUCCGUUACAGUGGACGAGUGGCAAAAGAAGUGAUGGAGCAGAGCGCCAAAAUCAAACGAGAGCCUCCAGAGAUACACAGGGCUGGACUGGUUCCAAGCAGAAGUUGUCCAUCCAUCACUCACGGCCCUCGCCUCACUAGUGUACCGAGGACUCGCAGGAGAGCCGUCCACAUAUCUAUCAUGGAGGGUCUGGAGUCGUUGCGUGACAGCGCCCACUCCACGCCCGUGCGCUCCAUGUCCCACGGAGACUCCUUCAUGCCACGAUCGCGGAGCCAGGCGACCGAUGCCAGCGAUGGGACGGCGGUUAUCUCUGACGAGGCCUACAGCCCCUCCGACAGCGUCCUGCCUACCCCGGUGUCCGACCACAGUAUGGAGCUGGCGGUCUCGCGCCAGAUUAACGGCGCCCCGUGCAGUAUUGAGGAGGAAAAGGAGUCGGAAGCAGGCACCCCAUCAGUGGGGGAAGCAGGCGAGUUGGGAGCAGACAGUAAAGCAGCACUAGAAGGCCAAGGGGGGUCUUCGGCACUCAGCGAGGUGGAACAGGUGAAUAAGUUUGUUUUAAGUGUCCUCCGUUUGCUCCUUGUGACCAUUGGACUCCUCUUUGUCUUGCUCCUCCUCCUCAUCGUCCUCACCGAGUCCGACCUUGACGUUGCAUUUUUACGUGAUAUCCGCCAAACCCCCGAAUUUGAGCAGUUCCAUUACGAAUACUUUUGUCCCCUCAGGCGGUGGUUUGCCUGCAAGCUCCGCUGGGUGGGCGAGUUGCUCAUUAACAAGUGAGAGUGAGGCCGUAGCACACGUAGCCCGUUCGGGGGUUUGAGAAGACCAUUAGGACUCCAGAGAGGAGAGCAACCUCUUCCCAGCCAUGAACCCAGCUUCUCUCAUGAUAUCCUGCAGACAUACCCCUCGGACCACUCCUGGAAACACUGGGCUAGGAGCUCUCUCUCUCUUUUUCUUCAUUUUUUGAGUUCCCCCCUCUUUUUUUCCUAUUACGUUUUGUUUGUUUUUUUAUACAAAGCCAGAUGACAUUUUUGCAUUUUUUUUAUUUCAGGUCAUUUCAGGUAUUUUAUUUUUUCAGAAAAUAUAAACGAAAAAAUACAAAACUGAAAUCAAGGACUGAAGUAUUUUAAACAGUUCAUUUUAGGAACAAGACAUUAAGUUGCAUCAAAUGAAACUUGCCUUCAUUCAAUAUUUAUUGUAUUUAACAGAAGUUUGCGUAAGGAAAGAAUGUGAUGGAAAGUUCAGAGAAUCAGGGAAGUUGCAAAACCAUAGAAAUCCUUCACAACAAAGUGAGAGAAAAAUUCACUUUGUAAUGUGUAUGCAGAUGAAAAAGCAUCCAUCACAACCACAAUUCAACUCAAUGAUUUAGUUCAACAAAAGUAGGCCAGAAAACCUGAAGAAAUGAAAACAAUCUAGGUGACAUCUAUGAAAGUGCAAGUUAUUGUUAGAGUGUGGUCAGGGUGACAAUGCCAAAUGCCUUUUAUGGAAAAAGAAAACGUUAAUGACUGAAGAAAGUUUUUAAUUAUGUGAAUUGUUUUUAAGAAAGUCAAUGAUACUUUAGUAUAAAUGAUGUACAAAGUAGAAGCUGUGAAGUUCAGAUCUGUUUUUUAAAUUGUUAUAAGGGAUACAGUUAAAUAAAGCAGUAACAAUGUUACGUGACCCAAUAGUGUCAGCAACUGUUAGAGAAGUGUUCAUGCUCAAAUUCUUGCAACCCCUCGGCGCCAAUAGAAUCAGUCUAAAUACUGUAGAUGUGCAAUACUACCAUUGUUUUAAUACUUUAGUACUUUUAAAUGUGCACAUUUGUUUAGUCAUAUAUCUUUAUUUAAUUUUAUUCACUUUUCUUGGUUAUUGUUAUGAAUUAGAAAGAUUUCUUUAUAUAAAAAAAAGAUUUAUUUCAGUUCCAUAUCAGCCUUGCUCUUAAGUUUGUGAAUACCAUACUAUAAUUGAUUGUUAGAAAAAUAACAAUAAUGUACUUUUUGUACAAAGUAGUUUGUUUCCUAAUAUAUUGACAGUUUUCCAUGUAUAUUUUAACAGAACUGAAAUGUUAUUUUGUUAUUGAAGAUUAAAUUAUACCUUUUUUAGAGCUGUUUCAAGUUAGGUCAAGCCUUCGUGGAAAUAUUGAAAGAGGGUCUUGAAAACAGGGCUUUUAUCCUGAUCCACACUCCACUGAUCCCACCUCUCCCCCUCCACUAGCAGCUACAGUUUCUUCACAGUAUGCAAAUAUUUGUAAUCAUCACGAAACACCGUUAAUGGCCCAAUUUAGAAAAGCAAGGCACAGCAAAUGGUUGGCAAACAGUAUAUUGUCUAAACUGUAAACCUGACCCUAGUAUCAACUACUACAAAAAUCUGGGUGUCUAUAAUGUGUUAAUACCUUUUCACAUUACAAUACAUAAGUUUAAUUCUGUAGUUUGAGACUGAUGGUGCAGAUUCUUUUGCCUCGAUUGAAGGAGCAAUAAUUCUGCUGUAAUAGCUGCUGGAUUCUGGGUAAAACUUGUUUCAUGUAUCCUGUGUCUGGUACAGGUAUAGCUGAACUUGUUUGUGACUGUAUGUUGGGAUGUAACACAAGUUUUAGUUGGUAAUAAGAACAGUUGACAGAUAAUGACAGAGUAUGAUCUUAUUUUUGGACAAAUAAGAAAAAAAGUAUACGGGCAGAGUGUAAAAGAGAUAGAGUUACAGGGGACGUCAGAAGAAGGGAUUUUGAGAAACUUUGAUAGUGACCAGAGAGAGAGGUCAAGACGGCACAUACUGUACAUGAGCUCCUGGUGGCGCGUGAUCUUAUUGGCUAUGCAGCAUUGCCUGUUUUGGCUUGUUAUUUAACACCAUAACUCCUACACAGCUGCUCCACUGAGCUCCCAGUGGUGCUGUCUGCUCUGGGGAGACCAGCCUGCUACCACAUUAGCCGACUCCAAGCUCCAUGAAUACAGAUCACAACUUGAAGUUUCAUAAGCAUUCAUGGAUACAGAUUUACAGUACAGCUGAAGAGAGCCACAACCUUAUUUAUAUUUUACUGACACACAAAGACAGCUGAUAAACUAACAGGAAUAACAACUCAAGAAACAUUUUAAGAUAGAGACUGUAAAAUAUAAAAACAAACUGUAAGAGGAUGUUCAUUUUAUGUAAUUAUCACAUGUUUAUGCUAUAAAAUCAACCAGUUAAGAUUGGAAGCAGAAACUAAAGAUUAGCUAAUUGGAAAGAUAAUAUUUUUUCCUUGGUCUAUUUACUUACCUUACAAUCAUUUUUUUGAGCAUUAUGUAGCAUCAAUGGUCUUUCCAUGCAUGCAACAAGCAAGGCAGCAUUAUUCAAUGAGCAAUAAUCAGUAAAAUUGUAGGAGCAUGUGGGCAUGAAUAUAAGUUAAUAUGGAAAUUUUAAGUUGGACAUUGUUUUUUGCGUUGUCAGAUUGCUUUGAUGAAAUAAUUUCAUUUUCACUGUCCACAAAACACCAGAGUUAUCCAAUUUGGUUGUCUGAUGAUAAUAAUGUGAAAUGAAGACAGCUAACUUUUUCUCCGUAAAUACAGCAUUGUGUAUUGGUAUUUAUUUAUUGUUAGCGCUCUUGGUGAGAUUGUACCUGUAAAAGUUAACAGUUAAACAGUACUUCAGUGUGACCAAGGGGUUGUUCCUUGUGCCUCUUAUUCAGUAUCUAAACAGCUAUGUACACUACAUUACCAAAGGGGCAAAUAAGAGAAUGCAGAGAGAAAUGCAGAGGAUCUAUACAAAGUGUGGGCUAAACCCUUUAAUUUCACUACUUUUAAAGGGAAACCACUGUUUUGUCCCAUAUAGAGUUUGUUCAGUAAUGUUGGGUGGAUGAGUCUGAACUUGUAGGUUAUAGAUUAUUGGGUGGGGACUUACAACAAUGUCUUAUGUCCAGGUGAAGAUGUUUGCUGUAUCUGUCUUAAUUUUUCUGUAAAGGAAUAUUGCAGCUGAAAAACCUUGAAUCAUUGUUAACAUCUUGGUCUGGUGUCAUGUUUACAUUUCUUUAACUGAUCUCUCAUGCGAACUGACAGUGUGCGUAUUAGUAGUAGGCCUUUGUUUUCUGACUAGCUGGUCGUGAGUUAGACAAUAGCACUGAUUUUGGACAUGGACCCUUAGAUUAACUUUAUAGGUUCAUUUUAAAUUGAACUACUUUGGAAAUCCAUGAAAUGUACAUUCAAAGGGAAAGUUGUUAAAUUCUGGUGCACUUAUAAAAGCAAGUAUUUUGAGUACAUUUACAAAUGUGAUCAUUACGCAAAGUUACAAAACAUUUAACUAAGCAUCUAUUGAUGCUUUUCAGUUAUACAAUACCAAUGCUACAUAUUGCCAGAGAACAGGCUUUUGCCCCACUCUUGCCAGCUUCCCAACAGAUUCUCACACAACUGUGCAUAUACAUGUAAAUAUGUGUAUAUGCAUAUCAGUGUCUGUAGGCGUUUUGUGUACUCCUGUAUCCUGCAUCUUUCUACCGGAAGUUGCUGUUUAUUUACAUAGUAUAUAAAUAUACAAAUAUAUAGAAAUCCAUGUGCCAAAUCCAGUUCUUGUUCAGUCCGAUCCAUUCCAAAACCCAAGUUUGUACUGUAGGAAACCUUCUGUACAAAUCAGUGUGAAAUAUUGUUUCUCUCUGAUAGUCCCUUGUAACUGGUGCCAAUAAACUAUUCAAACUUG